CUGCUCCAGUUUUUCAGAAGUGCGACUAAAAACCUGGUUUAGCUGUGAUAUAAGGGAAUACCGAAAAUAACUACGAUUUUAAAAAAUGGAAGGAGGAGGGAGCUCACGUUUAUGAAACAGCAAUUACAUGACGCUGAGGCACUGUCAUUGCUCCACCCCAAUUCAAAACUUUCUUCCUCAAACUCAAAGGUUUCAAGUGAAAGCAUACAGACGAGAUAUACGGGAGAGUUCGUAAGCCGCACAGCUGUUUUCCUUUGCUGUUUUCUUUAUUUUUUUAAAAAGUUUAUAGUAGGCUAUUUUAUUUUUUCUUAAGAAAAAAAGUAAAACAUUCUUCAGCUGAUAUGCUUCAAGAAACAUAAAGAAACCAAAAAGUUAACUUUUUGCCGUUUUGUUUCAACUAGUUAAUAACCAUGGGGCACCAAACAUUUCGUGGAAAAACCGAACCAAAGAUAUUACUGGUCUGUCUCGUGUGUUGUCUCUUACAGGUUUCAAGUGUACAUUCCCAAUGUAACCCUGGUUGUGCAGUAAAUCCAACAAUAAGUACAACUGAAAUUAACAUCAACACUCCAAAUCAGACUAUAGUUAAAACAGAGCCUACUGGUAAUGUGAGUUCAGAUGGCCUAAAAGUUAGUGGACUGACCCAAGGGACCACAUACAAUGUAACAUUCAACAUCGGUUCUGGCCUGUGCUGUCAAGCUAUCACAACAAAGCCUGACAUCAUCAGCAGCCUCAAUGUCACAAGUGUCAACACAACAUCCAUAUCUCUCAGCUGGACUAAACCACAAGGCAAUAGCACCUCCUAUAGAGUACAGUUACAGGGGACUGGAGUGGACAGAAAUCUGACAGCAAACAGCGAAUCCAUUACGGUGACUGAUCUGACAGCUGGGUCUUUGUACACCUUCAUUGUCACUGCACAGGCUGCAGAUAACUUGACAGAAGGAGACUCUGUUAACAUUACCAAAUAUACAAAGCCUGACAUCAUCAGCAGCCUCAAAGUCACAAGUGUCAACACAACAUCCAUAUCUCUCAGCUGGACUAAACCACAAGGCAAUAGCGCCUCCUAUAGAGUACAGUUACAGGGGACUGGAGUGGACAGAAAUCUGACAGCAAACAGCGAAUCCAUUACUGUGACUAAUCUGACAGCUGGGUCUUUGUACACCUUCAUUGUCACUGCACAGGCUGCAGAUAACUUGACAGAAGGAGACUCUGUUAACAUUACCAAAUAUACAAAGCCUGACAUCAUCAGCAGCCUCAAAGUCACAAGUGUCAACACAACAUCCAUAUCUCUCAGCUGGACUAAACCACAAGGCAAUAGCACCUCCUAUAGAGUACAGUUACAGGGGACUGGAGUGGACAGAAAUCUGACAGCAAACAGCGAAUCCAUUGCUGUGACUAAUCUGACAGCUGGGUCUUUGUUCACCUUCAGUGUCACUGCACGGGCUGCAGAUAACUUGACAGAAGGAGACUCUGUUAACAUUACCAAAUAUACAAAGCCUGACAUCAUCAGCAGUCUCAAUGUCACAAGUGUCAACACAACAUCCAUAUCUCUCAGCUGGACUAAACCACAAGGCAGCAGCGCCUCCUAUAGAGUACAGGUACAGGGGACUGGAGAGAACAGAUAUCUGACAGCAAACAGUGAAUCCAUUACUGUGACUAAUCUGACAGCUGGGUCUUUGUACACCUUCAGUGUCACUGCACGGGCUGCAGAUAACUUGACAGAAGGAGACUCUGUUAGCAUUACCAAAUAUACAAAACCUGAGAAAAUACCCACUGUAUUUCUGUUGAGUGAGCAGAAAAACAACAGCAUGCUUGUGAGCUGGACUGCUCCAGCAGGAAAUGUUGAAACAUACGAAGUUAAUAUCAAUAGUAGCUUUGGAGAUGGUCAGACCAAAAACACAACUACUGGCACAAUUUCAUUACUGUUUGAUGGGCUGAGAGCUGGUAGGAUAUAUAGUGCCACGGUAACAACAAUCAGUGGACCGUUCAUAGAGAAAUCAGGAGUUGUUCAAAAUGCAACCUAUCCCAAUGCACCUGGGAGUAUUUCCAGUGAUCUAAAGACAAAUAGCUCCAUCUCAUUAAACUGGGGAUUACCUGUCAGCAUGGACCCCAACUCCUUCAACUUCAGUGUCACAUACAGUUCUAAUCCCUCUGACAGUAAAACACUGGUAACAACAAGUACCAGUGUUCAGUUAUCUAAUCUACAGUCUGGAACUCUUUACAGUAUGUCAGUGGUCACUAAUGGAUUGAUGGGAUUCCAGAGUGCAGCAGUUACACUGUCAACAUCCACCAGACCCAGUACAGUACAGUAUCUGAAAGCAAACAGUAUAUCAACCACGUCCAUUGAACUCGAAUGGGGAAAACCUCAGGAUUACAAGACAGGGUAUAAAUACAGAGUCCAGGCAUCAAACAGCUCUGGUGGUUUUGCCUUUGAUGGAAUAGUUAAUUCUGAGAAUGCUACAGUCAGUCCACUUGAAGCAGGCACACAGUAUAACCUCACUGUUACAACACUGACAUCUGAUAACACUGAUGGAACAUCCUCAUUGAUCAUUCUCUUUACAAGACCCACAACAGUGACCAACUUAAUGGCAGGAGCUCUCAACACCACAGCUGUAAAUCUGACAUGGGCCAGACCAGCUGAUUUCAAGCCUGGAUAUUCUUAUCGGCUUCAAACCACUGGCUCUCCAGCUCCCCAAAUGGGGAAUUUCAUGGUCACUGUGGAGAAUGUCAUCAUCACUGGACUGAAUCCCGGAACCAACUUCAGCUUCAGAGUAUUCGUUCUGGUGGCAGACCACAUCACAGAAGGGGAUCCGGCAACAGCCACCUGUUACACAAAACCUGAGAAAAUACCCACUGUAUUUCUGUUGAGUGAGCAGAAAAACAACAGCAUGCUUGUGAGCUGGACUGCUCCAGCAGGAAAUGUUGAAACAUACGAAGUUAAUAUCAAUAGUAGCUUUGGAGAUGGUCAGACCAAAAACACAACUACUGGCACAAUUUCAUUACUGUUUGAUGGGCUGAGAGCUGGUAGGAUAUAUAGUGCCACAGUGACAACAAUCAGUGGACCUUUCAGAGAGAAAUCAGGAGUUGUUCAAAAUGCAACCUAUCCCAAUGCACCUGGGAGUAUUUCCAGUGAUCUAAAGACAAAUAGCUCCAUCUCAUUAAGCUGGGGAUUGCCUGUCAGCAUGGACCCCAACUCCUUCAACUUCAGUGUCACAUACAGUUCUAAUCCCUCUGACAGUAAAACACUGGUAACAACAAGUACCAGUGUUCAGUUAUCUAAUCUACAGUCUGGAACUCCUUACAGUAUGUCAGUGGUCACUAAUGGAGUGAUGGGAUUCCAGAGUGCAGCAGUUACACUGUCAACAUCCACCAGACCCAAUAUAGUACAGGAUCUGAAAGCAAACAGUAUAUCAAACACAUUAAUUGAACUCAAAUGGGGAAAACCUCAGGAUUACAAGAUAGGGUAUAAAUACAGAGUCCAGGCAUCAAACAGCUUUGGUGGUUUUGCCUUUGAUGGAAUAGUUAAUUAUGAGAAUGCUACAGUCAGUCCACUUGAAACAGGCACACAGUAUAACCUCACUGUUACAACACUGACAUCUGAUAACACUGAUGGAACAUCCUCGUCGACCAUUCUCUUUACAAGACCGAAUGCUGUGAAGAAUCUGAGUGCAGGUGAUGUUUCCACUUCAAAUGUAGUUCUGGGAUGGAGUGAACCGGACGAACGAAAAGAUUACUACAGAUACCUUUUAAAAACCACCACCGAAUCAUCUUCCUUACAGAUGUUCUGCAAUAAAACAUCCUGUUCUGUGCCUAACCUGACACCAGGAUCUUCUUAUAAUUUCACAGUGUUUACACUGACUCCUGAUAACACAACCAGUGAUCCUCAAUCUCUGGCUCUGUGCACUACUGCUGAAUCUGUACAAGUUCUUAACUGUACUGGCGAGGUUAAAAAAACAAUUCUAACGUUUCAGUGGGACUGCCCCAGAGGUUCAAAUAAAGGCUUUGAAAUCUUGAACAAGAAAACAAAUACAGCGGUAUAUGCAUUUUGUAAUGGACAAACCGUAGGACAGUACACAAUGUCCAACCUGACUUAUUUUACCACUUACAAUAUUGAAAUAAAGACUCUGGGAUGUGGAAAAAACAGUACAAGUCUUCCAAAAGUAUGCCUAACUGGAAUGACAGACCCCCCAGAACCUCCAACAAACGCAACUGUAUUACUCCAAGUGGAAAAUACUUAUGAAACCAUUACAUUUGGGUUGAGUUCAGCUCUCUUUGACAAAACGAACGGACCCAUUACUAACUAUGCUGUAAUAGUCACCACCAACACAGCUUUAGAUCAAGUUAGACCUUUAAAGAAUGUUCUUAACAAAACAUAUAAUGACAAGGACACAAGCUAUGUGGCAAAGAUCAUAGAAAAUACUGGGAGCAGAGCAGCUGAAACGAAUCAACAGGUUGUCAUACAUAGGAAUUGGGUAAUUUGUUCUUUCUAUAGGGUCAGCAUUGCAGGAUUUACUGAAUUAGUGAUGAAGAACAAACGCAUUAGUCCGGAAGAGUCCCUCGUAUCUUUCUCCCCUUAUUCACAGAUCAUCCCUUUACCUGAAAACCCAACUGUGAUUGGAGCAGCUGUCGGUGGGACCCUGGGUGUUCUUGUGGUUCUCAUUCUCAUCACAGUCAUUCUGUUUGUUUACUGGAAGAGACGUAGCCCAGCAAAAAACUCCGAUAUUCGUAUUCCCACCAUCCGACCCAAGACCUCCCAUCCGGUAAAGGUCGAAGACUACGAGACCUACUAUAAGAAACAACAUGCAGAUUCAAACUGCGGGUUUGCAGAAGAAUUUGAGGAUCUGAGGCCUAUCGGAAUAAACCAGCUCAGGAAUGCUGCCCUUGCGCCUGACAACAAAGCGAAGAACCGCUACAACAACGUGUUGCCCUAUGAUUCCUCCCGCGUCAAGCUUUCUAUCCAGAAUUGUGCAUCUGAUGACUACAUCAAUGCCAAUUACAUGCCUGGGUAUGACUCAAAGAAGCAGUUCAUUGCUGCGCAGGGGCCCUUGCCUGGUACUGUGAAUGAUUUCUGGAGGAUGAUCUGGGAACAGAAUGUGCACACUCUUGUCAUGCUGACUAGGUGCAAUGAACAAGGACGGGUAAAAUGUGAAGAAUAUUGGCCUUCCAGUAAUCCCAAUACCUAUGAUGAUGUGACAGUGAUCUUGGCUUCUGAAAUCCUGCUCAAUGAGUGGACUAUCAGGGAAUUCAAAAUGAAAAACACAAAGACAGCAGAAAGCCGUACUGUACGACACUUCCAUUUUACUGCCUGGCCUGACCAUGGGGUGCCAGAGACCACAGAACUGCUGAUUAAUUUCAGACAUUUGGUGAGAGAGCACAUGGACCGAUACUCCCGAAACUCACCCACUGUGGUCCACUGCAGUGCUGGAGUUGGACGCACAGGAACCUUAAUCGCCAUUGACCGGCUCAUCUGCCAGAUUGAGCGGGAGAACGUGGUGGAUGUCUACGGGAUAGUCUACAACCUUCGAAUGCACAGGCCGCUCAUGGUGCAAACAGAGGACCAGUAUAUAUUUUUAAACCAAUGUGCAAAGGACUUCAUCAGAUCCAGGACUGGCAACAAUGUGGAUCUGAUUUACCAGAACACAGCAGCCAUGGGUAUCUAUGAGAACUUUUCACCUACCAAAACCCAGAAUGGACACCACUGUUAGCCAACGUGAAAUCUGCUGCCUAGAAUAAGACUGCACUGCAUUUCUCAACGUUGUUCCUGAGAAACUUUUAUAAAAGACUUUGUCGAUUUGUGUCAUUCACCAAACACUGUUGAAAACAUACCAGUUACAUAUUUUAUCAUUGACAGGAAAAAUGCAUCCUACUCAUGAUGCACAAUAAUAAACAAAAGAGCAAGUUACAACUGUGCCUAUGAAUUUAACCGGAGUGUAAAUUGCAACACAUACAGAGGCUGAAUCAACCCGGCGUUAACUAAAUCAACUAGUUUCCAGCUUGGAUUUAUUUGUAGUAUGUUAAUGAAGUUACACCAAAGUGUACAAUGUUAGUUUUGGUAAAAGAAAGUUUUCUCUUAAAUAUCUCUGUCUUAAACUUCCCAGUGAUUGAUUAAUGCUGACACUGCUGCUGCCAAUCCUAGCAUCUUCUCAGACAGACCGAUACAGGGCUGAGUGAUACUCAGAUAGCCCUCUGGUGGCCAAUUGCAAUACUUCUGCUCAGCUUGAGUUUACUUAGAUAAAGUCUGCUUAUGUGUUUGGAAGAA